CUUUCAACUUAACAAAAACUGAAGUUGACAAACGUAUCCCUGUCGGCUGAAACUGUGAGAAAGAGUUUGUUUUUUUCGGCUAAAAGGGGGCAAAGCAGAAGCAGAAGAAGGAGGAAGAAGAAGACGAUGCGGCACACGGUGGAGCUUUCUGAGUACGUUGGUGCUUUUCUGUAAAUGAGAGUCGGCUGUGCCGCGGCGUUUUGUUUUGAUUUCCAUGUGAAAUGCAAUUAGUGCUUCGCGGUGCUUCGCUAGUUUGGCUCUCGGAGCGGAGCACACUCUGAACUUGUUUCUCGCCCCCCUCAACAACAUGGAGCACUAUCAGGAAGAUUUGGGACUCCGGGCCAGUAAAUUGAUGGAGGAUCUUUCUUUGUACGAUGCGUAUAAAGACGGGAUGUACAACGCGAGGAGAGACUUGGUGAUUAACCGCGAUUUGGACUUUUCAGCUCCGGCUGUGGCAGAGCAUAAAAGUAAGCCAAUGAAUGGCACCUCUGUGCUCCACCAGCAGCAUCACACAGUGGAGAAUUUCACGUCUGGGAAUAAAGUGUACAACGCGGCUCCGGUGCGCCCCGUCAACUGCAACCGGACCGUGCCUGUGGAUUUUUGUGCCCCUCAAAGAGACGCGGUUUACACCGAGGAGGGCUGUUGCACCAAAUCCGAAGUGGCUCUGCCGUGCUACACGGGCGCUUCCGAGAGACACAGGAGAUACUCUCUGGAGGUGCAGGGCCACAGGUACAGCACCGGCUCCACCUUCGACGGCGUGCCCCUCAACAAACCGGUGGCUCUGCCCGGCAACAGGUGCAACAGUGUCUGCAUUACCAGCAGUCACGACGGGAGGUAUAACGCCACCAGUCCCCGGUCAAGCCUCGCGUCUUCCCUGUCCUCUCAGGAGCAGAGCAAGCAUGCAAGCCCGAGGUCGAGCAUCAGCAGCCCGCGUACUAGUUUGGUGGUACCGGGUCAGGACAGGUACACGAGCCCCAGGUCUAGUUUAGUUCACUGUGAGGGCAACAGUGUCCUCAGUCCCAGAUCCAGCUAUGCAAGCACCGCCAGCGACACGAGUAAACACUCCAGCCCCCGGGCCAGCCUCAACAGCUGUGACUGCUGCAGCAAGCCCAGCAGCAACCGCACAAGCGGCAUCAGCAUGGGCUACGACCAGAGGCACACCAGCCCCAGGUCGAGCACGGCGAGUCAGUACUCCUUCACCACCAGCCCGAGAUCCAGUUACUCCGACUCAAGGUACGGGCCCGUGGUCAACCAUGAUCUGGAGGGGGCGAUUCUGCACGCAGCGCCGCAUGCGAGUCCCCGGUCGAGCAUCUGCAGCCAGGACGGGAGCGCAAGACCGGGGACCACCGCAAACUGCGUGGUCAGUCCCCGGUCCAGCAUCUCCAGUCACAGCUCCAGAAGUUCCCGCAGCUCCAGGGGGUCUAUGAGCACCUACCCGGAUCUACAGCUGCCCUCUCCCAGGUCGUCGAUGCUGGGCAGCAGUUUACACGAGGACACGCUGCUGCAGGAGUUUGGAGACUCCAACGGGAUCCAAAGUCGCAUCCAUCUCCAGGCAGUGCCUGAGCCCCAGCAGCAGUCAGCCCAGACUGGAGGGACUUCGGAGAUGACCGCGGGGUCGCCAUCAUCAUUUAGUUAUGGGAUGUCCUCAAAAACAGCUUCUUCAAGCCAGAGGUUUAAGCUGCCUUACCAGGUGACCCCCAGCCGAGAGAGUGGGCCAAGCCAGGCGGAGAGACGGCUGGAGGCGCUCACCUUGGAGCUGGAAAAGGAGUUAGAGAUGCACAUGAAAAAGGAAUACUUUGGCAUCUGUGUCAAAUGUGGGAAGGGGGUGUACGGAGCCAGCCAAGCCUGCCAGGCUAUGGGAAACCUGUAUCACACAAACUGCUUCACCUGCUGCUCCUGUGGGCGGAGGCUGCGAGGGAAAGCGUUCUACAACGUCAAUGGGAAGGUCUACUGUGAGGAGGAUUUCUUGUACUCUGGUUUCCAGCAGACGGCUGAGAAGUGCUUCGUGUGCGGUCACCUCAUCAUGGAGAUGAUCCUCCAGGCGCUAGGCAAGUCCUACCAUCCUGGCUGUUUCCGCUGCGUGGUGUGUAAAGAGGGACUAGACGGAGUGCCUUUCACUGUCGACGUCGAGAACAACAUCUACUGUGUCAAAGACUACCACACGGUUUUUGCUCCCAAGUGUGCCUCCUGCAACCAGCCCAUCCUCCCAGCACAGGGCUCUGAGGAAACCAUCCGGGUUGUUUCUAUGGACAAGGACUACCAUGUGGAGUGCUACCACUGUGAGGACUGUGGUCUCCAGCUGAACGACGAAGAGGGCCACCGCUGUUAUCCACUGGAAGGCCACCUGCUCUGCCACGGCUGCCACAUCCACCGGCUUCAGUCACAGGUGCCUGCCCACCUGCCCCCCAGCUACCCCCUCCAUGUCACAGAGCUGUGAGUGGGAGUGGGGUGGGCAACAACUAAAGCCCUGCAUCCCAGAUGAUCCGAGACACCAGCAGCAGGGAGAAAAAAAAAAAAAGGCCUGUACUGCCUCCGGCAGUUCCAGGAAAGCCUCUGAGCUACUGCCCCUGUCCUCAACUGGAUGGCUGGGCCGUGGACUAACACACAGUGCAGCUCCCACCAUAAGCCCUGCUGUCACAUGAUGGGGCUGGGAAAAAGGGUCUCCCUCCUUCUCCAUCUGUGGUCCUUUCCUCCUCCCUUCCCCUGGGGUGCCGAAACCCUGAAAGCCAACACGCCGGCUCACCCAGAGGCCCAUGGUGACGUCACACCUCCUGACCCCAGCACGUUCAUCAAAGAGAGGGUUUUUGGAUUGGAGGAACGCAAACUCGUCUCUCUCUCUCUCCCUGCUUCUCUCUCUUCCUCUCCAUGUUUUUCAUUCCUGUGCUCUGACUGAAGUGGUUUACCGCAGUGGAUCCACCGGCGCUGUCACGUCUAGAGAGUGCUGCCGAUGUCGACGUCGGGAAGGCCAGAGAACAAGCCACUACAUUCCAGUGCUGGCUGGACCGGACAAACCCCAGGGUGGGCAUGCUGUGCCUUCAGAACGGGCUCUCUCUGUGCAGCUUCUAACACUGAAUUGGAGUCCUGCUAAAGGCUAUGCAAAGGACACCCAGCAUUAUGACACAGGGCUGUGAGAAAAACUAUUGACUCAUCGCUCCUCACCCAGCACCACCCCGAAAUAACAGACACACCGUAGCACCACAAGCCCAGAGGACCGACUGACAUUCCACUUAGAAGUCUUAGACGAGACCUCGAGAGAUUCACAAGCAGUGUCUUAAUUAAUGAUUAUAUUAUGACAGAAAAAGAAAAUUUUAGAUGCACAUAGAUUGUCUUUUAUAUAUGAAUAUAUAUUUUGCAGAUGUUUUCCACAUAAGAUCAUAGAUGUAGAUUCUCAUUUGUUUUUGUUUUUUUUUGUUUUUUGUUUUUUGCUGCACUCGCGAUAGAUUCAGAGGUGAAACGCUGUCUGUCAUGCAGUCUGAAGCUUCUGAAGAUUUUGGGUCUGUUGUAUCAUUUCUCCUCCAGGACACAGAGCCUCUUCAUGUCUGUCAGUGGGUCACAGAUCCACAGGCUUUGUAGGAACAGACCUGGCUCAAAUAGCAUUUGCCCUCAGCUGUUUUCUUCCACUCUGAGUACCAAAUGUUUAGUGCCUAAAUCAAGUUUCUGGCAACCAGUUAGUUUCUUUUUAGGUCGCAUAUAGACAUUUUUGCAUACCUUUUUAAAUUUUACUGCCUUUGGUUAAAUCUCAAGCAGUGUAUUUAUUCUAAAUAUUAGUUACUAAGAUUUAAUCUUAGUCUGUUUCAGCUGUGGAUGAAACAUAUGUCAUCUGCUGACUUUAAUGAUUUUUCUGAACGUGCAGAAGUCAAAGUCAUUUUCUGUCACUGACACUGUCUGAACGUGGCAUCCAGCCCGUCUGGUAUGCGAAAGAGAGUCAAACAAUUGCAAAUACCUUUUUGUUCCAGGUCUGCUCACAACAAUAUUUCCUGGUAUGUUUCCCCAGACACUGUUUUUUUUUGUCAUAUGAGCACUGAGUUCACAGUGCGUUACAUGCCUUAAGACAGAACAGGUAUGUGUGUGUGCGUGCGUGUCUGUGUCGCAGUCUGCUGUGUUUUGGGAGGACGUUCCUGAAAAUUCGGAGCUGCUGGUCUCACCCGCAUUUUUAGGGGAGUCCCCCCGCGCCUCCCACAUUUCCCUUGCUGGUUGCGUGUUGCAGUGAGUGUUGUGUGUAUGUGUACAUAUGCAAAUCAGAAACUCAACGAUACUGAGCUACGGUGGUGCUGAAAAAUAUCUCACCCCCUCCCCACUUGGUUAUGUCAUCAUGGCGUCUUUUUUUUUGUUUUUUUUUGAUUGGCACUUCCCCUGUAAGAUAUUUUAGGGAAUUUCUGUUUUUGAGGAAAACUCUGCUGACUCUUGCACAGAGCAAAAAUCUGAACUGCUGCACAUAAAACCCCCAACUACAUGUGCUUAUUUUCAAAUAUGAGCAAUGUGUGUGUGCGUGUGUGUGUGUGUGUGUGUGUGCGUGCGUGUGUGUGUGUGUGUGUGUGUGUGGCAGGGCCAUGGCACAUGCACCUCACUGUGUUUGCAGGGCAGCGCAGCACAAUGACCCCUGCUCUCUGUUAUAACCCAGUGAUGAUUUUGAUGACUGCGUUCGUUCAUCACAAACCUUCCUCCAGAUGUUUGUGUCUAGUUCUUGGUGUUUGUUGUUUGGACGGGGGGGGUUACGCAUGUUCUAGUAGCUGAUGCAUCAUCCUCUGACUGUAGCAAACUCCACCCAUCCGAUAUUCGAAAAAGAAUAAAACAAUCACCAAUUAUUAUGUGCAAACACUGACCCAGCUCUUAUUCAUACUGUAUUACUGUACACGCAGGUCUGAAUAAAUACUACUGAAUGUGUCAAACAGAGACUGAAGGCAGGGGACACCGCAGGCAAGGCAGAAAGUGUUUUCUGAUGUAACCUGAUGUGAUGAGAUUUAUUCGAAUGUAAUAAUGAUUAGUGUUUGUUCUCCUCCCGGUUGUAUAUUUGUGAAAGCAGAAAAGAAAAGGACUGCAUAUGUGAGACAUUUCCCUUGUCAUUUGAUUAACCUCCAAUUUGUACAGGGGUUCUGUUCAAUUAAUGUGUGCCAUACUUGAAGAAUGAGGCAUUUUGUUUUUGAACUACACAAUAUCAACCCCCUCAAGAAAAACCUAACAAGAUCGGAGUGUAUCCCCGUUUUAAAGAUGUCUUAAUUCACAUGUUUUAAAAGUACUACUUCAGUUUCUAUUGCAUAGCACACAUCUAGUUACCCUGUACAUAAAGAGGCUAGUUUUUUAUUUUAUUUUUCUGUCAAAAAUCACUUGGAAAAAGAAGACUUCCUCUUCUCCUACUGGUAGUUCCAACAAGCACAUCUCGACACCUGUCACAUAUCUUUUGUAUCGCUAAGUGUUUUGAUUGCCUAGAUGGUUCAUAAAAAAAAAAAAAGGAAACUAGAUCUAUUUAUCUAAACAUGAAAAAAGUCUAAAGUUAUUUAAUGUAUUAAAAAUCGGGACGUAUCAUUUAACUGUAGAUGACAUAAUCUGCUUUUUCAAUAAAGUGGUUUUGUAGCUAACUGCA